GGGCAAACCGGAGAAUCGAGAUUAGUGAACGGGUCAACUGCGGCGCAGCCGUGUGUCCGUUCAACUUAAAAAUAAAAAAAACAAACACUGAACCAAACCUGUCUGUUUGUGUCACAGCUAUAAAAUGUCAACACCAGCUAGAAGAAGACUAAUGAGGGAUUUUAAGAGGCUACAAGAAGACCCUCCAGCUGGUGUCAGCGGUGCCCCUUCUGAAAACAACAUCAUGGUGUGGAAUGCUGUCAUUUUUGGCCCUGAAGGAACUCCCUUUGAAGAUGGUACUUUUAAACUCAUAGUGGAGUUCACAGAAGAGUACCCCAACAAACCUCCCACAGUACGAUUCGUGUCUAAGAUGUUUCAUCCGAAUGUCUAUGCAGAUGGAAGUAUAUGCUUGGACAUUCUACAAAAUCGCUGGAGUCCCACCUACGACGUGUCGUCCAUUCUUACGUCCAUCCAGUCUUUGCUGGACGAGCCGAACCCCAACAGUCCGGCCAACAGCCAGGCCGCUCAGCUCUACCAGGAGAACAAGCGCGAGUAUGAGAAGCGAGUGUCCGCCAUCGUGGAGCAGAGCUGGAGGGACAGUUGACCUGCUGGUCCAGAUCUAUCUGACCGCUCCCUCCUCCUCCUCCAGCCGCUGGAGAAGCUCUCCCAUCACCCUGUUGCCCACCUCUUUUUGAUUUUUAACAUUUUAUGCACUUUACCUUAAAGUUCCCUUCAUAGAAUGUUUGACUUUUUCUGCCCGUCAAGAGGGAUUUUUUUUUAACAUUGCGUUUGUCCAUCAGCCUGUUGGGUUAUUUUUUUCUUUUUUCGCUUGUUUGGUUUGGAAUUAUGGGCCGUUGACACGAAACGUGGUCACCGUUCUCCACCAUGUUGAAAGGCUUGGAGGUGUUUGUCACAAAUCAUGACCCGCGUAGCCUCGAGCUGCACCAGUAAUCACGUCUUUGCUGUGAACUGUUACAUGCAUGACAGGACAGGAGUGUGUUUGUGUUCCUCUUGUGUACAGAAGAGACCUGCAAAUGAAUAUAUGUACAGAUUUUGCACUGCUCAUCCCGUCUCAUUUUUUUCAGUAUCUGUAAAUAAAACGUCACGUUCACA